UGGAUGUUCCAACAACAAAGUCGACCAAAAACUUCAAAACAUUCGAGAUUCAUAAAUCCCAUAUGACCUAAGAUGCUGAUCUCAGGGUUUUUGGUUGUUGGUCUACUUGGCUUGGCAGAAUCAUAUACGAAGUAUGGAAGAAGCUGUAAGGACAUCGGGUGUCCCAGUAGUCAGACUUGUGUCAUGGAAACAGACCCCUGCAGCUAUUACCAACGACAAGGUGAAUGUGGAUCUUAUCCAACGUGCAAAAGAAUGAGCUCUGACACAGCAAGAACAUGCGCCACAUAUGUUUGCCCCCCUACAAAAGUAUGUAAAAUGGAUGACAACACACCGAAGUGUGUAGACGAUCACAGCAAAGUGGGCCUGGUAGCCUACGACACCCAAAGCCAGAACACGCUUGGGCAACAAGGCGGCUCCCACCCCAACCAGGGCAGCCACGUCGGCCAGGGAAGCCAGGGUAACCUCUACCCUGGCCUACCCGCCAGGGGAGAAACCACGCCCAGACCGAACAUCUACAGGCAGCCAGCGCAGGGCGGUGGUGGAUACCAGGGCGGCCAGAUAGGGUCAGGGUACCCUGGCCAGGGUGGUCAGAUGGGGUCAGGGUACCAGGGCGGGCAGAUCGGGUCAGGGUAUCCUGGCCAGGGUGGCAGGUAUCCUCAGCAAGGGUACGGACAACAGGGGUAUGGAGGUUAUCCAGGUGGGUAUCAAGGCCAGGGGUAUCAGCCCUACUCUGGCCAGGCGGGCUAUCAGCUGCCCCCGCAGGGCGGUUAUCAGCCCCAGGGCGGUUAUCAGCCGCCCCAGGGAGGCUAUAGACCGCCCCAAGGAAACACCAACCAGUACGGGCAAAAAUCUUCAGGAACUUCUUUCACUGACCAGAUCACGAAUUCCUUGAAAACAAUAGGUACAGACUAUCUGAAGAAUGCUUUGGCUAAAGCUCUUUCAGGGCGAAAUUAAAAAAAUAUAUUCUACAGUAUACAGGGUGUUUUGGAUUUAAGUGUAGUACGUCCCAGAUAACACAAUGAUGUCCCAUGCAAAUGCACCUCCAUGUCUGGACACCAUGGACAUCCAUUGGCUAUACAGUGUGUCCAGUUUUCGAUGCUUUUGCCUGAUAUCUCAGUUAUCUUUGGAGAUAGAACCUUGCGGUUUUCGCGGUCCUGUGCCACUUUUUUGUGAAUCUCAAGAUGGCCUAAUCAGAUUUUGCAAGACUGUUUCCGUUUAU